AUGAAACUGCUGUUGUUACCGCUCGCGAUUGCCUUCAUCGCCACCUGCUCGACACUUGUUCGGGCUGGGAAGGUAUCUGUGCUGGUGAAGGGUGGGAAGGUCAAAGACAGAGACGGCUGGCCACGUGGGGAAAGCGACCCCGUGGUGGAAGUGAGGGUGCCUGGUUAUGCAGGCUGGAUGCACACGACUGAAGAUGAGGACGACAACUCUCCUGCAUGGCAUGAGACGCUUGAGUUCCCCAACACGGACAUCCCAUCAACGUUCUCGGUGGAGCUUCACGCUUUCGAUCUGGACGGCUUUUUGUAUGUCAACGAAUGGGGCGACACGGAUGAUCUUGGCCGUGACACGGACAGCUUCACGUUCGAUGGAUGCGACCCGGUUUCCCGCGACCACCGCUUCGACCUUGACGGUGACAACAAAUACAUCGACGUCACCAUCAACUACACACCAACCGACCUGUGCCUGAGCAACAACGGUGACUGCGGCCCAGCACAAUCGACCUCGUGCACGUGUGUGCGCGAUGAAGAAGUGCAAUGCCAGUGUUUGGACGGAUUCAAGUCUGACACGGGAAAGGACUGCUUUCCCAUCGACCCCUGCCAAACGUCAACCUUUGGUGGAUGCGACAAGCAGCACGGAGUGUGCACGUAUCUUGGCCCUGGCGAGAGCAAGUGCGCGUGCAAGGGCGGGUACCGGUUUGCGAGCACGAGUGACCAUUCGAACUGCGACCCAAUCAACCCCUGCGAGGAUGUUCCAGGCCGUUGUGGCGAAAACUCCCUCUGCGUGUAUGAUGGUCCAGACAAGUUUCACUGCACGUGUGUUGAGGGUUACGAGUCUGCCAACGCCGAGAACACGGACUGCCGGCCCAUCAACCCGUGCGAGAAGGAGGGCUACGGCGGCUGUGAUGCAAACACGCAGCUGUGUCGCUUCAUGGGUCCUAACACGAACGAGUGCGAUUGCAAGCCCGGGUUUGACGGAGCGGACGGCGGCAGCUGCGAUGUUGUCAACCCGUGCGAGGACACGCCCACGCUUUGCGGCGACAACUCCACGUGCAUCUACACAGGACCCGGCACGUCUCGGUGCGAGUGCCUGCCGGGCUACCACGCACCGCACAACCCCAACAACACAGAUUGCCAGCCCGUGAACCCAUGCGUCACACACGAUGGCACUCCAACAGAUAUUUGUGGCGUUCACUCAACUUGCUCCUUCACAGGUCCUGGGCAGCACGAGUGCACGUGUGACGAUGGCUAUGAGUCCUCAACAGGGGCGGCGUGUACGCCCAUCAACCCGUGUGAGACGGACAACGGCGGGUGCAUCUUCGCCACGUGCGUGUACAGGGGACCGGGGCAGCACACAUGUGAAUGCCUGCCCGGAUACGACAAGCUCUCACCAAACAGCGUGGAGUGCACGCCAAUCAACCCGUGUAAGGAAGACAACGGCCAGUGUGGACCUGCAUCAACAACGCUGUGCAUCCACACUGGGCCCGAGAUGCGAAACUGCACGUGCCACGAAGGGUACACGUCCACCACGGGGCGCAACUGCUUCCCCAUCAACCCAUGCGUCACCGACAACGGCGGCUGCGGGUUUGAAAACUCAACCAGGUGCCUGUUUGACGGCCCUGACCUGGCUUCGUGUGUGUGCCGGUCUGGCUUUGCCGGCGAUCCACCGAACACGCCGUGCGAGCCCGUGGACCCGUGCUCGAUCGACAACGUGUGCGGGGCAAACGCGGAGUGCACCCGCACAGGGCUGCACACGUACAACUGCAGCUGCAUCGCCGGUCACGUGAGCGACAACGGCGGCCGCAACUGUACGCCCUCGUCCUCCUUCCUGGCAUCAACAGGAAGCAUGACUACAACCCUCGACCCGGCUGCGAGCCAGUCCACCGCCACCAGCAUCUCCGCUGCCACAUGGGGCGGCAUUGCUGCUGGCGCCGUUGUCCUGGUCGUCAUCAUCGUCGUCGUUGUGCUGGCCGUGCGGCGGUCCCAUGACAGGAAGGUGCUUGAUCGCCACGCGUCUGGGCCCUCCACAUCUGUUGUCAACCCCGUGUACCAGGGCCCGCCGGCCAUGGCGCCGGUGCAGCCGGAGUACUCUGCACUCGACGAAUCAGGGCGGGGGCGGUCGUAUUCCGCGCACGCGGCAGACCCGAUGGUGUACAGCCACCUCUCUCGCAACGGCAGCGGCAGUGGCAGCGCAACCAUCGUCGGUGUGCCCACGUAUGCCUCGCCAACCGUGCAGCUGAAUGAUGAGAGCGAUGCAUACGACGUUCCACGGAAGGAGCCCGCCAACGCGGCGCGUGCCGGGCGCCUCGCUGCCAACUCUGGAUACGCGGAGCCCCCUCCACGCCGUUUGCUGGCCAACACGGCGUAUGAGGACCACACGCUCUCCAGGCACGCAGAUGCAUGA